CACUCACCACUCCCCUCACAGCUCCCACUAGGCACUGGCACUGCACUGGCGCUCCUCCUCCCCUCCUGCAACCCAUCAGUCCUCACUCAUCUCUCUCUCCACACCGUCUGUGGGAGUAGGGAGUACCGCUCCUAAUAAUUGAUCCUUCGCUCUCCAUUCCCUCGUUGAUUUGUUGUUACUCUAAAGAUCACCACCAACCACCCUCCCCUCCCCCAAACCCUCCUCCCAACCACAAUCCAAUCUUUUAUCAAGAACAAAUUAACCACCCCUCACCCUUUGCCCCAAAACAAUCGUCUAAUCUUUGGUCUCCGCCUCCACAUUGCUCCCAAAUCCAACGUCUCGGGCCCUGCCGCCCCUCAAAUCCACCCUUUUUGUCACUCCAUCCUGUCCUAAAUUCCCCUCCUCGCCCAAAAGCCCCAGCGUUUCCCACUGCAUCAUCCUCUGCGAAAUCCAAUCUUGGCCGCCUGGAUUGCCCAUUCAUUUAUUCUCUGAGGGAACCCAAGCUUUAGCGGGCUGCUCUGUUCGAAACCCGAUCUCUCUUUAGCACCGAAUUCUGCAAGAAAGCCAGAGUUGUUGCGGAGAUCCGCCAUUCCUGGUUGAGCCGACGAGCUUCGCCGCCGCGGUCCGAUGUCGGACUCGGACCAGAGCACCGUCGUCUUCGGGCUCCACCUGUGGGAGCUCGUUGGCAUCGGCGUCGGCGCCGCCUUCGUGCUCCUCCUCGUCCUCCUCUCCCUGCUGUGCCUUCUCGCCAACCGCCGUCGUCGCCGUCGCCGCGCCCCCGCCGGCCCCGUCCUCCACCUCGCCACCGUCGCGCCCAGUGCCCAUCCCAAGAACCCCACCAAGCCGCCCAAGGACAUCCAAGAGGUGCCCUCUCGCGGCGCGCAGGCCCCCGUGGGGGGCACCGCGCCCAAGGUGCCGCUCGCUCAGAUUCUCCAGGCGUCCCCGCAAGAGUCCAUCCAGAUCGAGACCGGCAAGGAGCACCGCAUCACGUUCCCGGAGCAGCCGCCGCCCCACCAUCAGCGUAGCGGGGGGCCGUCGUCUCGCGGGGCCAGCGGCGAGAGCCGCGGAGGUGGCCCGGAGCCGGGCGUGCCCGAGGUCUCACACCUCGGGUGGGGCCACUGGUACACUCUCAAGGAGCUCGAGGCAGCGACGGCAAUGUUCGCCGAUGAGAAGGUGAUUGGCGAGGGCGGCUACGGCAUCGUGUACCAUGGCAUUCUCGAGGACGGCACACAGGUCGCCGUCAAGAAUUUGCUGAAUAACAGGGGCCAGGCUGAGAGGGAAUUCAAGGUUGAGGUCGAAGCAAUCGGGCGGGUGCGGCACAAGAACCUCGUGCGGCUGCUUGGAUACUGUGCUGAGGGCAACCAAAGGAUGCUUGUGUACGAGUUUGUCAAUAAUGGAACUUUGGAGCAGUGGAUUCAUGGUGAUGUUGGUCCUGUGAGCCCUCUUACAUGGGACAUAAGAAUGAAGAUUAUUCUUGGAUCAGCAAAAGGUUUAAUGUAUUUGCACGAGGGACUUGAGCCAAAGGUGGUUCACCGUGAUGUCAAGUCAAGCAAUAUCCUACUUGACAAGCAUUGGAACGCUAAGCUUUCUGAUUUUGGGCUAGCAAAGCUUUUGGGCUCAGAGAGGAGUUACGUCACGACCAGGGUUAUGGGGACAUUUGGGUACGUUGCUCCAGAGUAUGCAGGCACUGGCAUGUUGAAUGAAACUAGUGAUGUCUAUAGUUUUGGGAUUCUUAUUAUGGAAAUAAUAUCUGGUAGGGUACCAGUAGAUUACAACAGGCCACCUGGAGAGGUUAAUCUCGUUGAAUGGCUGAAGACAAUGGUGAGCAGCCGAAAUUCAGAGGGGGUUUUGGAUCCCAAGAUGACCGAGAAGCCUACUUCAAGGGCACUGAAAAAGGCUUUGCUAGUGGCUCUGCGAUGUGUAGACCCUGAAGCUCGCAAGAGGCCAAAGAUUGGUCAUGUGAUUCACAUGCUUGAAGUUGAUGAUUUCCCCUACAGAGAUGACCGCCGAGCUGGCAGAGCUCCAGGUCAAGCGAAAUUGGGGGAAACACCUUCGGGUGAACCUGGCGAUAGCAGCGGGAACGACACACCGAAAGGUCAAUCAAAAGCAGACAAUUCAAGGUGGAGAAAUCAAGAGACCUAGCUAUGAUGGAAACGGUGAUUCUUCCGGACCUUUGUGCAUGAUCAAGAAAGAAGCUGGAUGGCGCAGACCUACUACAAACAAGCUCGUUUGCGGCUCCAUGGGUUGAGUCAGGUGUGGAACCAUGGAAAGCGUCUAUGGAGAGAUCGUGAUAGCAUCUGUACAUUACUGGAUUAAUUAUGGUAGGCAUAGGGAUUUUUUGGUUGGUUUCGCCGGAUCGUGUUUAUGUAAAAGAUAUAUCUCCGUAUGAUAAAGGCCCUAUACUUUCAGGGGUAAAGCUGAGCGUCGCUUAUGACCGACCUCCUGGUUGGUGUCAUGUUGCUGCUCAGCUUAUGAUUCCUUGUCCCUUUUCUUCCUU